AUGCACAAGAACGGGAAUAAGAUCAGCGCUGAAACAAGCGAUGACCUCACCGAACCAGACUUGAGACCGACGAUCUGGAUCUGGAAGAUAGGGUUUCGGCAUGCGGGAAUCGCAGUCUGGAGAGCUGCAGAGGGGAACCAGAUGGAGAUAUCCAGCGGGGCCAAGGGGGCGCGACGGAGAAGACGCGGACUUCCGUGCAAUACUCAGCUGAGCCCACCGGGGUCCUCAUUGAAACAGUGUCUGCAGCAGGUGAUUGGCACGAUAGCCGGGUACCUGAGUGAAACCCACGGAAUCGGUUCGCACGAUGCUGCUGGGGGGUUCGUGUCGCAGGAACCGUACGGGAGGAAACUACCAACCGUGUUGGGGUUGGCGCAAAUAGAAUUGCACCAUUCGAUGAUACCAGAGCUGUUCCUGGUUCCUCUAAGUUGCAGAUACGGCAGGGCAGGCCCAUUUGCUGAGGGCCAGCCGAUAUGGAUUUUGGGGACACGAAGGGCCCUCUCGUUGGACGUCGGAUGGAUAGUGGUCCCCGAGCAAGAGGCACUAAUGCAGCUGUGCACUGGGUCGGAACUGACAGAGUUCCGUGACUUGGGGACUGCAUCCACAUACUGUGAUACGGCCCUCAGCAGUGUGCACGUAGUGCUCAAGAUGUGCGCCCACAACUCUCCGCAUUUUUGGGCCCUGGAUCGCAGCGAUCGCAGCGACUGGAUGUGCGGUCGUAGCCGAUCGCCAAGUGGAGGUCGCAGUGUGGAGGCGAGUACGACGCAAUACGCCGCGAGUACGAGGACCUUGUGCUCUCACUGCAGUAGUAUCCAUGAAGAUGGGGAUCCGCGAAGCUUCAAAAUGGGCGACGCUAACACAAGCUUGAACCUUGGAACACGCCCACGCAUCGACCAUUGGCCCUCUGGAUGA